AUUACAGAAGACCUGACUUCUUAUCAGUUACUGUCACUGACUGGAGCUACUUGGUUUCAUCUUCCUGUUGGCAAAAGCUUCGGAGGAUUUUCCAGCUGAACAUCUCUUCUGACCGGCCUGACACCGGCUACAUAGCUUUCUGAGCGCUAUUUCUAAAUCAUGCUGGGUAGUAGAGGUCAAGUUGUGACAUUCUCAGUAUGGGACUAUGUGGUGUUCGCCGGUUUGAUCCUUUUUGCUGCCGGCAUCGGCUUGUUCCAAGCCAUCCGUGGACGCAAGGAGACCAGCAGUGAUGAGUUUCUUCUGGGUGGCCGUCAGAUGAACGCAGUGCCUGUGGCUUUGUCCCUCACGGCUAGUUUUAUGUCAGGUAUCACUGUUAUCGGCACUCCUGCAGAGGCGUACAUGUACGGCACGGCAUUCUGGAUCUUCGUCUUCUCCUAUGCCAUCAUGUCCAUCAUCAGUGCUGAAAUCUUCGUGCCUCUGUUUUACCGGCUGAGCAUCACCAGCACAUACGAGUACUUGGAGAUGCGUUUCAACAAGCUGCUACGAGUGAUUGGAACCAGCAUGUAUAUUGCUCAAACUGCUUUAUACACUGGCAUGGUUAUCUAUGCUCCUGCACUCGCACUUAAUCAGAUCACUGGUCUGGAUCUGUGGGGAGUGCUAGUGGCAACAGGGGCCGUCUGCAUCAUCUACUGUACCCUGGGAGGGCUGAAGGCAGUGAUAUGGACCGAUGUGUUCCAGAUGAUCAUCAUGUUGAGUGGGUUUGUGGCAAUAAUCGCUCGUGGAGCUGUGCUGCAGGGGGGACUGGGGAAGAUCUGGAAUGACAGCUACCAUGGAGGACGUUUGGAAACAUUCAGUUUUGAUCCUGAUCCUUUGAGACGUCAUAGUUUUUGGACAAUCGUUGUUGGCGGCAGUCUGAUGUGGGCAUCCAUAUACUCGAUCAACCAAUCACAGGUCCAGCGCUACAUUUCCUGUAAGACAAUGACUCAAGCGAAGCUAUCUCUGUAUUUGAAUAUGGUGGGAUUAUGGGUCACUGUGAGUUUAGCCAUGCUCUCGGGUCUCACCAUGUACUCUAUCUAUAAAGACUGCGAUCCUCUCACCAACAAAAAUGUAGGAGCUUCAGACCAGCUCCUUCCUUAUCUGGUGAUGGACAUACUAGCAGACUUCCCAGGACUGCCUGGAUUGUUUGUGGCUGCAGCUUACAGUGGAACAUUAAGUACGGUGUCGUCGAGUAUCAACGCUCUGGUGGCUGUCACAGUGGAGGACUUCAUGAAGCCAGCAUGGCCCUGGCUGACAGAGAGACAGCUGUCCUGGAUCAACAUGGGCAUGAGUGUAUUCUAUGGAGCUGUAUGCAUCGGUAUGGCUGGAGUUGCAUCCUUGAUGGGCAAUAUACUGCAGGCAGCUUUGUCCAUAUUUGGUAUGAUCAGUGGACCUCUCUUGGGCCUUUAUAUGCUGGGCAUAUUCUUCCGCUGUGUGAACUCCACUGGAGGUUUAGUUGGUUUGAUUUCUGGCCUGACUAUAACGUUAUGGGUGGGAAUUGGAGCUCAGGUGUAUCCUCCUUUACCUGAGAAGACCCUUCGGCUUCCCUUGAGUGUGGAAGGAUGUGUUGCACUGGACAUGAAUGAAACCACCACUAUCACACCAUUCAGCACAAUCCUACAGACCACAACUCUACGGCCAAGACCAGUUUUGGCAGACAACUGGUAUUCUUUGUCCUAUCUGUACUUCUGCCCUGUGGGCAUAAUAGUGACCAUGGUCACAGGACUAAUAGUCAGUGCAAUCUCAGGAGGCUGUAAGCAGGAGAAAGCUCGACCUGAGCUCUUUAUUGGAACAUCAGAUCUCAUCUGCUUGGGAUGCAGAAGCUCAGACUCAGAGGUGUCAGACAUAAUUGAGAAAGACCCAAAAAAUAUCCAGGGGCUGGAGAGUCCUGUUUUCAGUGACAAUGAAAUUGCACUGAGAGAGAAAGAGUACAAGGAGAAGAUCACUAAGUUUUAGAUGUGAAAAACAAACACAUUUUUGGAUAUAGUGUAAAUAGUAAAUGAUGACUGUAUUUUUCUAUGUUGAAAUUAAGUGAUGAUGAUACAUUCAGUACUUUCAAACCUUUCCAUAAGAGAAGCAAGAAAUUAAUGUUAAGCAUGUAUUUUUAUUCCAGUAGGCUACAUUAUACUGUAUAUGGGCUGUUCUCAUAAACUACAUUAAAAUUUAGCAAUUUUUAUUAUCACGUUUUGUAUUAUUCACACAGGAAUAUUUAAUAAAAGUAAUUAUUUUGAAAUUUUUUUUUACAAAUGUUUAUGUGUGUAAUAAAGUAACACUCAAUAACCACUGAAAUCAAACAAGUACAUCAGAAUGAAGGGUUACACACGGGUUAAACAAUGGCUGAACACCUGCCUCCUCGAUGCAGGUAAAGUUAGUCGGCCCCCUCUUCCUGUUUGUUUGACGUGAAGCUGAAACAUAAAUCUUCAGGGAGUGGAAAAUGAAUGGAGCUCGCAGCAGGUGGGGGAGUUUAAUAACUGCUGCGAGCCACUUCCUGCUUUCACUACUAACGUUUGUUUCAGCUUACAGGAGAAGGCAGUUGCCCCAGUUAUGGGUGUGCUGACUCUUCAGCUUUUGGCAUGUGGCCAGCUAAUAUUGUAUUCGCUGGUCUUUAAUAAUAUGAUCGAUGCACAACAUACUGGUGAGUCAUCCUCAAGCCUGAGUGCUUCAAAAGCUCCACCUCUGAAUGCAGCAGGAAACCACACAGAAAAUGUCUCAAAUUCAUCAAGCUAUUUAGCACAGCGUAAUAGUACAGCAACUCAAAACAACGUUACAACCCAAACAACCACUAUUGUCUCCAAUACUACUUUGGGACCCAACCAAAGCAAUGUAACAGGAUUAACAGGGCAGCCAAACACAACAGAAAAUGCUCAGACAACCCAAUCAGCCACAUCCUCAGCGUUCAACAUCAGUUCAACAGCUGUCACUUCUACAGACAACACUACAGUUGUGACCAAACCAACAGCAAUUACUUCUACCACUGUAACUCAAAACAGCUUCACUUCUUUGAAUAAAUCUCAAGCAGGUGAUGGCCUGAAUCAUUCAGAGAAAUCUCUGACCAUUUUAUUCAGUAUUUUGCUUGGUGUAAUAGUUCUGGUAGUUCUGGGGCACUUUGUGUACAAGUUCAUCAGGAGCAAAGAGAGUAGUAUCCAAUAUACUCACCGCCGUCUCCACAAUGAAGAUGCAGGGGAGCCAUUUACAGUGCCAGAUGACACGCUGGUCAUUUCAGGAGGACUCUAUGACGGCCCUCAGAUUUAUAACCCCACCAUGACAGUGCAGAACGAAGAAUUCCAGAUAGGCACACCUGGAUUUUCUUCCAGACCCACGCAGUUCCGCUUGGAGUUUCUGAGAGAGGAUCAAGACAGAGCAGACCCUGAUACUUCCAGCUUUCAGACAUUCCAUGCACAUGACCAAGAGUCUUAGGAUCUCAGCAACAAACCUCAUUUUAUUAGUAUGUGUAUAUAUAUAUAUAAAACUUUUUGAGCUGAAAAUGUUAUUUUUACUUGAGGUUUCUAUGGAAAAAGUUUUAAAAUAGUUACAUCUUUUGAACUUUGAAAUUGAACUUUUGAACUAAUGAAAUUUGUGAAGAUAACA